AUGAUUGGGCCAGCUUAUUACAUCACUGAAGACCUUCCACUCUGCGGAUCAUUCGAGAACAGAUGUUUCAUUGAGGAAUGUGUCGGGAUCUUGCAGAAGAUCAGAUUUAAUAGUUUCAAUUCUGAAACCAAGAGACCAAUGCAUAGAGAGUGUGGCUUUAUCAGGAUCAAACCUGGCACCAACAAGGUGGCAUUCAUCAGUGCCCAAAAUACAGGUAUUGUGGAAAUUGAAGAAGGGGAAGUAAAAGAUCAGGAACUGACACUAGCUUCUCAAUCUGUAGCUCGAAUGUCCUUUGCAAAAGAGCCUCAUGUCCAGCAGGUUGUUACUGAAUACGUCCUGCUUGAUCGCACUGUUGAUAACCUCUUCUGUCACUUUACUGGUGAUCGAGAUUAG